AAAAGUUAGGUAUUUCUUCACACGUGUGUAUUCUCGGAUAGUUACAGUGUAUAAUUGUUGAUUUAGAUUUAAGUGAAAAUAACCGUAUUUGUAGGUAGAAUGUUAUAAGAUAAAACUAUGAAUUCGACGACGUUAUCGCCUACAACGUUAUCGUCGGCGAGACAAAGCCAGUCCCAAGAGUCAGAAUUAAGUACGAGUGGAACCCAAACGUCGAAGAUCCUGAAUCUUAUGAAAUCUGAAUUACACGUGCAAAAGCAACAAAAACGACAGAUUAAAGAGUUGCACCUGAAACGUGUACUGUCGUUGCGAAAAGAACUUGAGUAUCUGAAGGCAACCGAAUGGAGAUAUCAGUCGAUCGACCAGUAAACAUAACUGUUGCAGUAUUUAAAAUGCCUUUUACUUUUAUGAAAAAGCUUCUAAAGUUUCUUUCCUGUAGGUAUUUGGAUAGCAGUAACAGAACCUAAGUGACAAUGUUUUCCCUGGUAGCAAAUGCCAUUAAAUAUGUGUUAGGAUAUAAUCCCGAUGCUGAACCUGAUAUAAAUGAGGUUCUAGCGCGUAUUGAAAGCAGGUAUGAGGAACCCACAUCUGCUGCAGAGAAUGUUGCUUCGGGUUUACAAGAAGGUUGUUUUUAUAAAACGGGAAAAGUUUCCCUUGUAACGGAUGAUUAUGUUCUCAUUGAUGGUCGAUACAUGUGCGAGAGAAUCAAUAUUUCUUGUAGCACGAUAAAUGUAGACGAUAAAGUUUAUUAUUUAGCUUUCCAAAGAAACCAGGAUGAAGAACAGAAGAUACGAAAAAUACUUUAUGUGGUUGACGAGUGCUGGGACGAUGAAAGAGCCGAGGAACAAGUGGCAGUCGUUAAAACGGGGAUUAUGAAACGAAAUACCAUUGGAAGAAUAGAGCGGCGUGAAGGCAGAACUGUUCACCUUGAGCCUAUCGAUGUGUCUAUCAAUUUGGAUAAAGUCAAGUCUGAAUUUAUACCAGCAGUCGGAGAUUGGGUACAACUUGAAUCACUGGUACAGAUUGAUACAGAUUCUAACAGUUAUAGUGGAGAGGUACUAGAAGUUGAUGCUAUACAACCCUUAAGAUCGAAGCUAACAGUUGGAGUCAUUACAGAGUAUAAUGUGAAUAUGGGAGAGGGAACAAUUGAUAAAACAAUUUUCUUCAGAAAAACAUCUUGUGAACCUGGCUAUAUUCCUUGUGUUGGUGACAAAGUAGUCAGCGAUAGCAUAGAGAGCGACCAAGGAAUGUAUACAUGGCGUUCUUUGACUGUAGUCCCGCUUACCCAGGGUCAAUCUCAAGGAUGUAAGGGACAGGCAAAAACAACCAAUUUUCAACGUUCCAGGAAUAAUCGGCAUCAAGUAGCACAAAGAUUUUCAAACCAAAGACAAGAAGAUCGAUCAAUGUACAUUCCAGGUGUACGCCCUAUCAAGCCCCCGGCGUUUAUGGCUGUUAAAAAUGGUAUAUUCAAAGUUCCGCAGAUAUUUUGGAAUGCCGUUUUGAAUCCUCUUCGAGAUCAGGAAACUCAAGUAGAAUGUGAAAUUUCUGUGGAAAAUGCAGUUCCUUGCCUUUCCAAUCCAUUAUCAUUCGGUAAUUAUAAAGAUCGCUUUCAUGCACUCUUGUACCUUGAGGAGAUUGGUCGUACAUUGGAUAUGCAACAGUAUGAUAUAAAUAGUGCAGUAAUGAGACAUUGUGGAGAAUAUCUAGUUUUAAGUGUACCUGGAUUGGCAGAGAAAAGACCUUCUCUUUUAACUGGAGAUCGAGCGAUUGUCUCCUUUAAGUGGGACUCAUCUGGAGGAAAAUUGAAAUAUGAAGGCUAUAUUCAUAAGAUCAAGAGUUCAGAAGUGUUUCUGAAAUUUAAUGCAAGUUUUCAUGACACCUACAACCAUGAAGAGUGCGAAGUAACUUUUAAAUGCUCUCAGUCCCCUAUAAACCGUUGUCAUACGGCAAUUAAUUCAGCUGUAAACUAUCUUGGAUCUGAUUUCUUAUUUCCCAAUCGAGUUGUCGAACAAGAGCCUCAAUUAGAUCUUGAAGAACUUGGUGAAGAAGAACCAAAGAACAAUCAAUUGAUACGCAACAGAAGUGAAUCUAUUUCUUCCUCAUGCUCAAGUUCAGGGACAGCAGCUGCAAGUGAUAUAUCGAAUGAAAGCAUUGUUCGAAGUCCCCCAAGAAUCUCAGUUGCGGAUAGACUCUUCAAUGCUGCCGUAAGAGAACGCCCUAAAUUGGAGAAACCAAUAGUAUGUGUUGCAAACGAAACUCGUCCUAUCAACCACACAAAUACGAUCAUUGGUCAGAACUCAACUAAAAGAGACAUGUCUCAAAAUAAGCCAACAAAUAACCUUGAAAAUUCUGACAAGUCUGUUGUGGACCCUUACGUCUCGCAGCUGAAGAAACGCAAGCUAGUCUGGUUUAACCGAAAGUUGAAUCUUCAUCAGAAGAGGGCUGUGCGUAACAUAUUGAAAGGAUUAGCUCGUCCUUUGCCCUAUGUAAUAUUUGGUCCCCCUGGAACAGGAAAGACGAUUACUUUAUGCGAAACAAUACUUCAAAUCUUAACUACCAUUCCAGAUAGCCGUCUGCUUGUAGCUACUCCCUCGAACAGUUCUGCUAAUUUAAUUGCAGAGAGAUUGUUGGAUUGUGGAGCUCUUAAACCUGGUGAUAUGGUACGUCUCAUUGCGCAUCAUUGUCUGGAAAAUGACUCGAUUCCUGAAAGACUCUUACCAUACUGCGCAACGGGUGACUUGGCUGCUGAGACCUGUCGUGGCAAGACAAACCACGUGGAGUAUAACGGAGGACCAAAGAUCUCUUGCCCAGCCAGUCUUCUCGGACGACACCGAAUUACUAUUGGCACUUGCAUCGCUCUUGGAAUUUUACAUAAUAUGGGCUUCCCUCGCGGACAUUUUUCUCACAUUCUUGUUGACGAAGCUGGGCAAGCCACGGAACCGGAAAUUAUGAUACCUCUUAGUUUUGUUCGUUCGAACUAUGGAAGUGUCAUUCUUGCUGGUGAUCCUAUGCAACUUGGACCGGUUGUGCAAAGUAAAUUGGCACUUCACUUUGGCCUUGGAGAGUCUUUCCUAGUGCGACUGCUGCAUCGGUUCCCAUAUCAAAGAGACACGGAAGGUUUCGAUACAGGCUAUGAUCCAAGGCUCGUUACAAAGCUAUUACUGAACUAUCGAAGUCUACCUGAGAUUCUACAGAUACCCAAUUCUCUGUUUUAUGAUUCUGAGCUACGAUCGCAGGUGUCCCCUGAGAAAAGUAACGAAGCAGAAGUUUUGAGGUUACUGUCUUCCGAGAUCCCACAGAGACUUGACACACCUCCUGCCGUGGUGUUCCAUGGAGUAGACGGGGAAAAUCAUCAGGAUAUCGAUACACCAAGUUGGUACAACCCGGAAGAAGCUAGCCAGGUGUAUUUGUACCUUUUAAAAUUCUACAACUGUGGCAUCGAAGCCAAAGAUAUUGGCAUUAUUACAUCAUAUCGAAAACAGGUUCGGCACAUUCGAGAUUUACUUUUGGAAUUAGACAUCGAGGCACCAAAAGUUGGUAGUGUGGAGGAAUUCCAGGGCCAAGAGAGGAUGGUGAUCAUACUUUCGACAGUAAGAUCAACAAAGGACUUUGUUACUCAAGAUAUCAGGCAUUCUCUCGGCUUUGUUGCUUCUCCAAAACGAUUGAAUGUCGCAAUAACUCGAGCGCGGGCGUUGCUUGUCAUUGUUGGGAAUCCAUAUUUGCUAUCUCGAGAUCCCUACUGGAGAAGUCUCCUUAUUUACUGCCGGGAACGGGGUGCUUACACAGGUUGCAAUUUUUCACCUUCGCACCUGGACAAUGCUCAAAGUGAAACAAAGGAAGAAAUCUCCAAAGUAAAAGAGUGACUUGUCUUGUUCGAAAUAUAUGAUUUUUUGACUUCCCCCAUUGUUACAUGGGACUGAUCGAAAA